AAAGAAGAAGAAGAAGAAGGAAGGGCGAGGAACAACCGUUACACAACGUAGUUUACACAAAGCCGCGAACAGUACAGUCUGGUAACAGCUGACUGCGUGCUUGCAUACUUAAUAUAAAUCACAUAGCACUGUUGCUUUUUAUUAUUAUUAUUUUUUAAAGUAGCGUGUUGGCAUUGGAAAGCUCGAGUACCCUGUUAGCUAGAAUACUUGCUAGCUAGCGUUAGCAAAGUAACUAGGUAAAACAGCUGGCACGUUUAUCGCCAUUUUGCGCAAUCAACAGUCCAGGAACAAGGUGGUGUAUCGCUCAGCAUGGCAGAGGCAGACCGACCAGGGAAGCUCUUCAUCGGCGGACUGAACACCGAGACCACCGAGAAGGCCCUGGAGCAGUAUUUCAGCAAAUAUGGCAGGAUUGUCGAAGUUAUUUUGAUGAAAGACCGUGAAACAAACAAAUCAAGAGGCUUUGCCUUCGUUACUUUUGAAAGUCCGUCUGAUGCAAAGGAUGCAGCGCGUGAGAUGAAUGGAAAGUCUCUUGAUGGCAAGCCGAUCAAAGUGGAGCAAGCAACAAAGCCUCAGUUUGAGAGUGCUGGCAGACGAGGACCUCCACCAAUGCACUCCCGCAGUCGUGGUCCACCCAGAGGCCCCCGUGGUUCCAGGGGAGGUCCUGGUGGGAUGAGGGGCCCACCGUCCAGAGACUACUAUGAUAAUUCAGGGAAUGCAGACUCCUUCUUUAAAGGGAUGUCAUCCAGGGGUCCCCCUCCGAUGAAGAGAGGACCUCCAGUUCGUAACGGAGGUCCUCCUGCCAAGAGGUCUGCCCCAUCUGGUCCCAUGAGCAGAACCCCCAUGUCAAGGGACAGGGAUCCCUAUGGUCCACCCCCUCCUCGCAGAGACUCCAUGAUGUCCAGGAGGGAUGAUUAUCCGUCACCGAGAGAUGACCAUUACAACUCCAAAGACAGCUACUCGAGUCGGGAUUAUAGUUCCAGAGAUUCAAGGGACUAUGGAGCUCCCCAAAGAGAUUGUUCAUACAGAGAAUACUCCAAUUCCAGUUCCCGAGAUGACUAUGGCUCAAUGUCAAGAGGAUACAGUGACCGUGAGGGUUAUAGCGGAGGCCGGGAACCCAGAAGCUAUGUGGACCGUUCAAGUGGUGGCUCCUACAGAGAUUCAUAUGAUGGUUACGGUAACUCUCGCAGCGCCCCACCUUCACGGGGCCCCCCACCAGCCUAUGGUGGGAGCAGUGGAAGCAGUCGUUACGAUGACUAUGGCAGCAGCUCCCGGGAUGGCUAUGGCAGUCGUGACAGUUACCCCAGCAGUCGGAGUGAGCCAUACCCACCUAGCCGUGGUGAGCGAAUGGGCAGGCAGGAGAGGGGCCCAGCUCCCCCUGUCGAGAGAGGCUACCCUCCUCGUGAUUCGUACAGCAGCUCAAGUCGUGGAGGGCCACGUGGUGGGCGCGGUGGCAAUCGGCCUGAUAGAGGGAUGGCUCGCAGCAGAUACUGAACUGGACUUGGAAAUCACAUUAAAGCAAACCGUAGACUCCGUGCACCGUAAACAAAGUGUUGUGGAAGAAAUCUGACAACCAGACAAACUAGCCAUGUCUAAAACUGUGGAAUAUGAAGCUUAGCUUUGACCUGUAUCCUGACUUUUCCAGUUUGUGUAAACGUUUUUUUUUAAUUUUUUUUAAUUUUUUUAGUAUUUCUCUUGGUCGUGUAACCGUACAGUUACCAAGUGGGUGUUAGUUUUUUUUGUACAUUCAGUGCUGUUGGAAUCUGCAAUGCCCUUUCAGUCUGGCUUUCCUACUCUAAUAAAGCUUUUAGUUGUACCUUGACCACUGCUCAUCGAUUUUCAAGCGGGACCAAAGAACGUAACAUGAAUGUAAAGUUGCAACAUGAUCUCGUUUGCAAUGCUCUCUGCAAAGCAUAGGUGAGUCUCUGCCCAUGACAAAUGUGCCGUCGACUGGACGCUACUGUUUUCAAGGGUUAGGCCAAUGUUACUGUCAAAAUGUUCCAUGUAGUUUCUUUGGAAAUGGAUCCAUCACCAUAGAGCCAUUUGAUGGCAUGCAACGACAAAGCCAAAGGCAACAACAACAACAACCAAAUGCAGCUCGACUGGUAGUCAACAGCUGGUAAGCAAAGCAAACCUCUUUGUUUCUCAUCUGUAAAUGAGUUUCUCUUUGUCCUGUAUUGCAAUCUCCCCACAAAGGGUGGUACUCGAGACGACGUUUGCCUCAGAAGACAAAAAAAAAAACAUGGAGGUCAACUGAAUGUGCCGUUUUCAUUGUAGUCGGUUUUCGCGAGCUAACAUUGUCAAAAGUGCAGCAACAAUCCAAGAAGUUUCGUCCCUUUUCAGCAAUGAAAGUUUAACCGCCAUUUUGCCCACUGUGCCCUCACAAUGACCCCUUUUAACCAAUCGUCAAACUCAGUAAAAUGAUUGGCUACAGUACAUUUUUUUUAAAUUAUUAGUAAAGAUGUCCCGAGUUUUGUCUUUGGGGGGGGAAUUUAAAGCCAUUUUUUUUACAUUAAGAGCCAUUUACUCGGUAUCGAAACCUUUUCCACGAGCAUGCCAAUCGAAACAACGGAGACCUCUGGAAGAACACCAUUGUCCUAACUGGAAACAAUCGCAGAAGCAAAUUCGCAGUCGGACCAAGGACUAAAAAAAAAAAAAAAUUUUCAGAUGUUUUAUGAAUACAUGAUUAAGAGGAGGGCAACGUGUUAAUUGUAUGUUCUCGUUGCAGGAUAAACGGCCCUCCAAGGCAACUGCCCUUGCAACUAACCAGAAUUCUGUCCUCAAGAUGUUUGGACCAAUUAACCCUCAGUGCACCAGUGCCGGUGCUGGCACAGGUUUCCGUUGAGUGCCGGUGGAAUCCUGUCUUCAAGUGGGAAUGCGUGUUGAAAGUGGGAAGAACACAAGCCGAGGAUUUGCUCAAAUCAAAGUGUUCAUGGUGUUUUCAAUAAAGACUAUAAAGAA